AGCAGCCUUAGCGCUGGGCCUGGGCGGAGCGCAGCGCCGAGGGGGAGAGGACGAGGGAGGCAGGCUAGUGGGUGUGGGGAACCCUAGCUGGCGCGUUGCGCUGCGCUUUGACUUCCCUCCCUGUCCCUUUGUGUGGGUGCUAGCCUGCAGCGCCUUUGGCCUCGGUCCCUUUACGCCUGGGGCGCCCAGUAUUCUCCUCCGCCUUUCUCCUCACCCCAGCCCGCCCCCUCCCCUCCCCUUGCUCCUUGCAUUGCUCUAAAUUCUUCUUAAAGACAAGAUGGCAACACCGGCAGCGGUCAAUCCUUCGGAAAUGGCUUCUGAUAUCCCUGGAUCAGUGACAUUGCCUGUUGCCCCCAUGGCAACAGGGCAGGUGAGAAUGGCAGGAGCCAUGCCUGCUAGAGGAGGAAAGAGGCGUUCUGGAAUGGACUUCGAUGAUGAAGAUGGUGAAGGCCCCAGCAAAUUUUCAAGAGAGAAUCACAGUGAAAUUGAAAGGCGUAGGAGAAACAAGAUGACCCAGUAUAUCACAGAGUUGUCGGACAUGGUUCCCACAUGCAGUGCCCUGGCUCGCAAACCAGAUAAGUUAACUAUUCUGCGCAUGGCAGUCUCACACAUGAAGUCUAUGAGGGGUACAGGAAACAAAUCUACUGAUGGAGCCUAUAAGCCUUCAUUUUUAACAGAGCAGGAACUAAAACAUCUCAUUCUCGAGGCUGCUGAUGGAUUUCUGUUUGUAGUUGCUGCUGAAACUGGGAGAGUUAUCUAUGUGUCUGAUUCAGUCACACCAGUUCUGAACCAACCCCAGUCUGAGUGGUUCGGUAGCACCCUCUAUGAACAAGUUCAUCCAGAUGAUGUGGAAAAACUGAGGGAACAGCUAUGCACAUCUGAAAACUCAAUGACAGGUCGGAUUUUGGAUUUGAAGACAGGGACAGUGAAAAAGGAAGGUCAGCAGUCAUCUAUGAGAAUGUGCAUGGGAUCCAGACGCUCUUUCAUUUGCAGGAUGAGGUGUGGAAAUGCCCCUUUGGAUCACCUUCCUCUUAAUAGAAUAACCACAAUGCGGAAAAGAUACAGGAAUGGCCUAGGCCCAGUAAAAGAAGGAGAGGCACAAUAUGCUGUAGUUCAUUGCACAGGAUAUAUCAAGGCCUGGCCUCCAGCAGGAAUGACUAUACCUGAAGAAGAUGCUGAUGUGGGACAAGGUAGUAAAUAUUGUCUUGUGGCAAUUGGGAGACUUCAGGUAACUAGCUCCCCUGUGUGUAUGGACAUGAAUGGGAUGUCUGUCCCUGCUGAGUUCUUAUCCCGACACAACUCUGAAGGAAUCAUCACAUUUGUAGAUCCAAGAUGCAUCAGUGUUAUUGGCUACCAACCACAGGAUCUUUUGGGAAAAGACAUUUUGGAAUUCUGCCAUCCUGAAGAUCAGAGCCAUCUAAGGGAGAGUUUUCAACAGGUCGUUAAGCUGAAAGGCCAAGUACUAUCGGUCAUGUAUCGAUUUCGGACCAAAAACCGGGAGUGGAUGUUAAUCAGGACCAGCAGCUUCACUUUUCAGAAUCCUUAUUCUGAUGAGAUUGAAUACAUCAUCUGCACCAACACCAAUGUGAAACAACUUCAGCAACAGCAGGCCGAACUUGAAGUACACCAGAGAGAUGGACUGUCUUCAUAUGAUUUAUCUCAGGUGCCUGUUCCAAAUAUACCAGCUAAUGUUCAUGAGACUGGAAAACCAGUAGAAAAGGCAGACACAAUCUUUUCCCAAGAAAGAGAUCCUCGGUUUGCAGAGAUGUUUGCAGGAAUAACUGCAUCGGAGAAAAAAAUGAUGGCGUCUGCCUCAGCAGCUGGGAACCAACAACUUUACUCCCAAGGAAGUCCAUUCCAGCCAGGACACUCAGGAAAGGCUUUCAGCUCUUCGGUGGUUCACGUACCUGGAGUCAAUGAUAUUCAGUCCUCUUCUUCAACAGGCCAAAAUAUGACGCAGAUUUCUCGUCAGAUAAAUCAGAGUCAAGUUGCCUGGACUGGGAGUCGUCCACCAUUUCCUGGACAGCAAAUCCCAUCGCAGUCCAGCAAGACUCAAUCUUCUCCCUUUGGGAUUGGGACCAGCCACACCUACCCAGCCGACCCAUCCUCCUACAGUCCUCUCUCCAGUCCAGCCACUUCUUCACCCAGUGGGAACGCCUACUCCAGCCUCGCCAACAGGACCUCGGGGUUUGCUGAAAGUGGACAAAGUAGCGGGCAGUUUCAAGGGAGGCCUUCAGAGGUCUGGUCGCAGUGGCAAAACCAGCAUCAUAAUCAGCAGAGCAGUGACCAACAUUCACAUCAGCAGCCCAAUCAGACUGAAGUAUUCCAGGACAUGCUACCGAUGCCAGGAGACCCAACUCAGGGAACAGGCAAUUAUAAUAUUGAAGACUUUGCUGACCUAGGCAUGUUCCCACCAUUUUCUGAGUAACAUCUGAGAGGAAAAUACAAAGAAGAAGAAAUCUCCCUCUACCCAGCGCCAUUCUGUGAAAUCAUCCCCAUUGUAUUUGGGGCCUGGCUUUGUCAGUGUUUUACUACCAUAUCACCUACCAAGAAAGGGAUCUAAUUUCUUGUAUUGCAGUAGAAAUUCCCUCAUCUUAGUGAUCAUGUGUAAUCUGCAUUAAUAAUGCCUGGGCUUCUCUAUGGCUAUCAGAUAUGGUUCUCUGGGGAGUGGUAUAUAUUUUUUUAAAUCUCAUCUUAUUUUCUUUUGCCUCAGAAGUGAGUUUUGAGGGGUCUUUCAAAUUGAAAUGUGAGCCACCUCUGAAAAAAGACUUUGGGUCUCUUUAAAAAACAAUCAAUGAUAAAUUUAGUCAACACCCAAAGGAGAGGUCAGGUAACGCCCAGUGCUAAGAUCUACUACCAGGAAAGUAAAAAACCAGUUAACAUACCGCUUUUUAAACUUCUGUUUGGCAAAGGUGGUGGGGGUGGGGAAGAGCAGGGAUUCAAUUUCUUUUUGCUGUCUGCCAUGCUAUUUUAGCUCAUUUUGAAGAUGAGAAGCAAAAGCCGUUAACAUGGGCCAGAUGAAGCCCAAGAGCCUUUUCCUUUGCCUUGCUCAAAACAACUAAAUCUGAAUGUGUGUACAUCUUAGUGCCGUUUGUAUAUUUUGUGCUGUGUGAAGUGAAUUUCCUGUUCUGGUAGAUUCAUUUUUUACCUUGUGUCUGUCAUGUGAGACCAAAGUGGGGGGUGGGGGGGGGGGGGGCGGGGAAGGAAGGGGGGGUGGCUGGGGGAAGGGGAAUGGGAAAGAAAAUAGUCCACUGGGAAACACAGCUGUGGUGGUGGAUUCUGCAUUCCCUGAGCUCAGAAAUGUUCUUGCAAUUGAUAAUUCAUAUUCAGUGGGAUAGAAACUCCAUAGUCGCCUAUGCUUAUGUUCCUGGUUUUGCACAGAUUUUAUGACCAAGAUUAAGAUUUCAAGCAUAACCAACUAGAAAUCAAAGACGAGUGUUAAUUGUUCACUCCACUAAAGUUACCUCAGUAAGGAACUUCUAGAGUCUGAUCAUCUGACAUAGGAUGAGGAAUUUUCUUUUUCAAAUCAGUUAUCGCAUUUCCUAAUAUAAGUAAGCCGCUUGGGAUUCUCACAACUCUGUCAGAUCCAAAUUUUUUUCCACAGAAAGAAUUUCUGCUAUUUCUCAUGCUUAUCGUUUAUAGUAAGAGAAUCUCUUGCCUCUGCCUAUCAAUAGGAUCCCCAAAGGAAUAACUCUGUGCUGAGCACAGCUUCUUUCUGUAAAUUAGAAAGCAUUGAAUGAUGUCAUCGAUACUGCAUCAACCAAAAGGUCUUCCUGAACAUAUGAUCACUGGAGCUUGGGUUGUCAGGGUCAUCAGGGACCCUUUCAGUGAACAUUUCAAGAGAAGUGAAUGAUACUAUAUGCUGUGAACUUGAAUGUGAUUCUCUAAAUUGAUGUUACUGUUUUCCACACAAAUCUACUCCAAAUUUGCAAGCUUUAACUUAAAUCAGGGUUAACAAUCCUAAAGGGAAAGAAAGUGUUGCAUUCAGUUUUUGCUGGGAGGAAGGCCUUGAGAAUCAGCUCAUCAAGUUGAAAUGAAUUCCUGUUACUCAAAAUGAUUUAGCCUCUGCUGCCUCAUCCCUGGCAGGGAUUUUCUUCAUUCUCCAAACCAUGCUAUUCCUGUAAAAUUGCUCCAUUUUUCAUCAUCAAAUUAUGUGCUAUAUAAUUAAUACCUGGAGCAGUAGAAAAUCACUUACAAGUUAUCAUCUUCCCUCCUUUUCAGCUUUUUUUCCCUUCCUUCAGGAUUGUUUUUAUUAACAGAGAUUUUGGCUUUUGCCCUUUGAUUUAAUAAAGGAGUUAAAGAAAUUAUUUCAACAUUCCACUAGUUAUUGAGGCAUAUCUAAUCCCCAUUCCCAUUUGCAUCCCUGGUGUGGGAGAAUGAAAGAAAUAUAUUAAUUCAUUUGGUGGUUAAAACAAAAGGAUUAUCUUCUAAUAGAAAAAACAACACUUAGUUAAGCUUUAUGAAGAAAUAUAUGUGUUCUCUUUGAAGUCUCUGAAGACUGAAUGAACCAAUGAUUGUUUAAUGAGUCAGUAAAGAAAUAGCCUGUGCUUUCCUUCCCCAUCCAUUCCGGUGAGCAUAAAAAAUUCAUGAAUUCUAGGGCUGUCUGGAUAAAGAGUGGGUUGAACUCAUAGGGUUGAAUCAAGGUGGGGACUGGGGAUAUGUUCAGGAUCUUCCAUUGCAUUGUGUUAUAGAACCCAGAGAUCCUAUCACUUACAACUCGAAAACAUUUGUUCUUAUGAUUAAAUUUGGGGUUGGGACUUCUAUAUUCAAAAAUGUUGGAAGCCUUUAGCUCCUAAGAUCUUAUACAAAUGAUGAUCUGUGGGAAAUGUUUUGCAAAAUAUUUACAUACCAUUAGCAAAAAUACAUUCAUACCACUAGCACCCUGGAGUUCCUGGUUCACAUUCUGAAAACUAAGACUGGUUCUAUGUUUAUGUGUAUGUGUGUAUACGUGUAUAUGUAUGUAUGUAUACACACAUAACAGAAACAAAAGGAAAGACAAAGGAUGCAUGUAACACAUUUAUACAGUGAAAUUGAUAACUUAAUGCAUCUAAUUAUUUCUUUCAUACACAAUCUGACAUCAGGAAUCUUUAUGCUUCUGGGGAAAAUGGCAAACAAUUCAAAUUACUUCCCCUGAAUUUCCUGUAGUUCUUACAUUUUGACAGCCAAAAUAUCCUGAAACAACUUCCACUUGUCUGAACCUGUCCCUUUUCACCUCUGGCAGUUUCAAAUAUGUAGUUAGCCAUUGUUAUAAUACCUUUUAAAUGAGGUUUAGGAACUUUUAGAUCAAAAUGCUGAGGAUCCAUAAUAAAAUGAAAAAUGAAAUGAAACCAAAUUGUAUCAAUGUAUAGGUUUACGUUAAAAGUGUAAUCAAUAGACCAAUAAAAGUAUAUUGAGCUGCUUGCUGUGUGCCUAACACUGUAAGAGGAAUUGUAGAAGAACACAAAAUAAGUUUCAGAUAGGACCCUGUCUUUAGGGAGGUUCCAUUUCUCUCUCUCUUACAAAGGUUCCAUUCAGAGUUUAGUCAAUUUAACCCAAUUCCUAGGGACAGAGGUCCAGGAUUGCAAAGAUAAUUGAAAUCUACAAGUAAUCCAGGAAUCCCACAGGUCUAACACUCUUCCAUUAAAAUAUUUCAUGAGGAUGAAUAACAAGUAACAUCCUUCCCAGAUCUCUGGUUCUAUUAUUUUCCAUUUUUUCCUGCCUACUUACAGAAUAAAGAAAUGGCUGAAAAGCAAUUUUUUUAAAAAAGAGAAGCAAAGAGCCUAGAUGACUCCUAAGCUAGAUAAUUAGCUCCAUGUUUACCUAAUCAGGAGCCAAGUAUGGGGAAAUUAUUUCUAUAAACCCACUUUAAUCUCUGUGGUUGUAGAGGAAAAUAGAAAUAAAAAUCAAUGUCACAGCAUGCAGAGGAAAAGUACUCACUGUACCAUAGUGUCUGAUCAUUUAGUUUUGAAUAAGAAAAAAAAUCAGGUAUCUUAUCUUUUCUAUCCAGUGAUAUAUAUUUGAAGCAGGAUUUCUCCUGGAUUUUAUUUGAGUUGUUCCUAUGUCUCCUAAUCCAUCCUUCCUCUGUGCCUGGGCAGUGGAAUUGAUGCAUGGAUUAGUAAAAUGGGUGACCUCUUCUAGUUUUUCCGUAGAAUACAAAGCAAAACAUUUUCCCCCUUUCCUUUUUCUGUAAUUUUGAAAAAUUCCAUGUUCUCCUCUUUUCUUGUCCUUCUACUUUGAUUUGACUACUAAAUCUUGAAUGGCUUUCCUUAAGAUAAGCAGUGUCAGGAGGGGUAGAUAGCUUUAUAUUCUCUUUAAGAAAGAGAACCCUGAAGGUGGCAGCCCACUUCCUGAGAAUCAGCAUCAUGUCUGACAUGAUCCCAUUUGGGUUUUUCUUGGCAAAGAUAUUGUAAUGGUUUGCCAUUACUUCUCUGACUCUUUUUAUAGAUGAGGAAACUGAAGCACAAAAGGUUCCAUGAGUUUCCCAGUCAUACAGCUAGUAAAUUCUGAGGUUGGAUUUGAACCCAAGAAGAUGUUUUCUUGACUCCAGACCCAGGUGUCUAUACACUGUGCCACCUAGCUGCCCAAGAAUUAUGGCUACUUCAUCAAUAAAAACCAUAUCAUGUAAGCACCUGGUUCUGUGUUCCAUAGGUUACUAAAGACUGAAAAGGCAGCCUCAGUCUCCACUGUGUAUUUAUUUAUAGUAUCUAGAACUGGAAGGAACUUUAGACGUUACCUGGUCCAAAAAUAAGAAAACUGAGGCUCAGAGAAAUUAAGUGAUUUAUUUUCCCAAAGUCAGACAGUGAUGGAGCCACGAUGCAAACACAAGAUUCUAUAACCCCAUCCCCACUUUCAUGGAGUUACCUGUGACAUUUUAAUUGCCUGAGAUGCUUUCUUCAGGAAUUGCUAUUGAUAAUGUACUGACAAUAUUAGAAGCCCACAAAAUUUAAUUUGGAAGCUUGGUUUUUUCUUGAUGAAUUAGUUGUUAUCGAGUUGUAAGAGAAAAAUAGGGAACCAGAUUUGCAUAUAAUUCUGCUCCAACCCAUCAAAGGGGAACACAUUGAAAUUUGCUUAUCUGGCAAGUAUAAUGAUUUCUUUUAUUUUUUUUUAUUUAAUAUCUCUUGCCAAAAGGAAAGACUAAUGAAAAAUAUGGAAAGCAAACGAAUACUUGUAGUAAACAAAGUCACUUUGCAACAACUACAGCAUUUUUCAUGAAAUGAGUGUGAACCAGUAAGUUAAUACACUGGUUUUGCCAAGUUAUCAUGUCAAAUAGGUGUCUAGGGAACAGAGACCAUUUUUAAUUUUCCUAGGUAAUUAUUUUAUUACAGAAAGGAUCCUGUUUCCUGAUGUGGCCUGAUGAGCAAAGGGGAUAACAUGACUUGCCAAAGCCAUGAUUUCCCACACCCCAGGAUUAAUCUUGUAUAAGUGAUAUGCCUAUCAUUACCAUUCCCUUUCUCCUUUCCUGAAAGUCCAUCCUAAAAUUGUACAUACAUUUUGCAGUACUGCCUUCAUCAGUGAUUAUUUGGGGGGCACAGUGCCACAUGGUAUGAGAUUUACCCAGUUGCUCUAACAUAUAUUUUUAUACAUAAGUAUACACUUUUUGGAAAGUAAAGACAGCCCCUGAAUUUAAAAUGCCUUAUCAGUGUCAUGCUGCCUUUGCAAUGGUUGAGCUCGGGUUGAUUUCCAAGGAUUUGGGUGAAUCCCAUUUUUGAAGUCAUCAUUUUAAGGUUUGAUGAACUAUAUGGACAUGUAACAUCUCUUUAUUCCCUUUUUGAAAAACAAAAAUCAAGAAGUCCCAGACUGGCUUCAGGGGACAACACGUUAAGCACUUAAUUAGUUCUCUGGUUAAAUUCUUCAUAUGGAUGUGAAUUGUGCUGUGGAUGAAAUGUACUUUGUACUUCUUGAAUGUUCUAUAUUUAUGACUAACAGUUAUAAAGUCAUUUGUGUACAUGUGUAACUAAUAACUGACUUUUUAAAGUUCAUUACAAUAAAAAAAUCAUCAGAUGUGA